AGCAAGUCACACAUGCUAAUAAAAUGACCACAGUGGGCACCAGUUGAAGUAGACCAGCAAGACGCGGAUGGAUAGUCAUGGCAGAAACUGAGACCAAGGAGAUUCCAGAUAAACCGAGUAUAGUGGUAUGUGGGGACACGUUCAACAUUCCAGCCAACAAAGAUCUCACUGUUGGACCAGGCCUUGUUUUCCGGAACAAUGCUAUAACCUGCACGAAACCAGGAGUCAUAAAAUCUAACGACAAAUCUGUCUGGAUCGACAGGAACAAUCGGAGGUAUGUUCCAGUGCUGGAGGAACGAGUGGUUGGAAUUAUAAUUGGCCGUGUAAUGGACGAAUACCGGAUUGAUAUAGGAGGAGCCCAUGUAGCCAUGAUGAGCUCUAUUGCGUUCGAAGGAGCAACUCAGCGAAAUAAACCUGAACUAAAGCCGGGUAAUGUCGUGUUUGCUAGAGUGAUCGCAGCUAAUAAAGACGUGGAACCCGAGCUUGCGUGUGUCAACAAGAAAGGCAAAGCUAACGGUCUUCAGGUACUUGAAGGUGGUCACAUAAUCCAGUGCUCUCUGGGUCUCUGCAGAAAACUCCGUCAGCACAAAUCACCCCUUACCCAACCCCUCCUAAACCACUUCAAAUCAUUCGAACUUUGUGUAGGGAUGAACGGCAGGAUUUGGGUCAGAUCUGAUACGAACAAACACACUGUUGCUAUUUCCAUAUAUUUGAAACAGUGCGAGCAUCUGUCGGUUUCUGAUGCGGUUAUGUCGCUAAGGCACACUGUCAAAGCUUUAGGAUGAUCAUUUGUGAGGCUUUAUGUUGCUCAGUCAAUUUGAAUCAAUCACAUGUAAUAUGAAUCAUGAAGUUGGUAAGAAAUGAAGAUAUAGUGAAGCUGUGAAGAUGACACCAGUUUGGACCGAUCCAUUCGAUUAUGAUAAGUGAACGCUUGUGGUCGACUCGAUGACUCUUGUUUAUUUGAUUUUGAACUUUGCUGUUGACCAUUCAGUCUUACGGAAUCCGACCGAGGCAUUUGAUUCCAGCCAA